AUGAGUCAUCCUUGGUUUUUUCAUCUUCUACACACAGCAAUGGCGUCCGCGGCAAAAUCACUGGUCCAAACCCUAAGAAAAUACAUAAAAAAGCCCUGGGAAAUCACCGGCCCAUGUGCAAGCCCCGAGUACAAGCUGGCCGUCCCUCUCGCCACCGAGUAUCGUCUCCACUGUCCGGCGAGCUUCCCCCAGCAAGCAAUCGUCCCCACCUCCGAUCCCGAGACCGUGUACGAUAUCAAGUACUUCUCUCGGGACCAGCGCCGUAACCGACCCCCGAUUCGCCGGACUGUGUUGAAGAAAGCUGACGUGGAGAAGAUGAUGAAGGAGAAGACUGGGUUUGAUGUGUCGGAGUUUCCUCCUGUUUAUUUGACCAAGAUUGUUGAGGAGGAUUAUAAUGCUCGUGGUGGUGGUUAUACUCACUAAGAGGCAUUUCGGCUGCGGAUAGAAGGAACUAGUGGUUUCCAAGAAUUCUAUUAAUUAUAGUUCAAAACUGUUGCUUAACUUUCGAGCAGCUUGAAACUAUUCAGUUGAUAGUUCUCUCAGCAGUGUAUGUAUCUGUGUUCUGUUCAUUUGUACCACCAUGAAUACCUGGGCAUCAAUUCAACUGGAUCCCGAGAAUUGGCUGUUUUGUUUACUGUGGUGAAAUAAGAUAUGAUCUUGUCUUGCACAUUAUCAUCUAGAUAUCCCUUUCAAAAUUGGAGUGAAAAUGUCAAUUGUGUUUUAAUUUC